GGAUUCUGCGCCUCUCACCGGUGGAACUGCUUUCGAUUGUUGGCGGGCCCCGCGUCCGCCAUCUUGCUUUCAGUGAGCUAGCGAGCGGCAGUAAGAGAAGCCGUCCGUUGUAAUCGACAUUCGACAAACCGUUUUAAGGAACACACACGUAAGCCCCUCCCCACCUCAAAGUUUCACCUCCGAAAAAGAAAAAAAGAGCCUUUUAAAAAAAAAGCGAGAUAAAAUAACAAUAGGAAACCAAAAAAGCAUUAAAAAAAAAAGGAAGAGCGCAUCGCAUUUGGUUUGCCCGAAAAAUUGUCAUUGAGUCAGUCGUUAGCCGUCACUAUUUAUCAAGUAAAUCCUCAUAAAUAAAUUAUUGAAUCACGUUUAAUCGGUCGGGGAGAGUUUAACCGAUAAAUCGAGGGAUACUCAGUGAUUUGAGGUUCGGAGAUUUCGGAGUUUUUAACAUAGUUUCUCUUUUAUUUCAAUUGCACCGAUUAAUAUCGACGAGCCAGGAUGUCAGAGCGGGAGGACAACGUCUACAAGGCGAAGCUUGCCGAGCAGGCCGAGCGCUACGAUGAGAUGGUCGAGGCGAUGAAGAAGGUGGCAUCCUUAGACGUUGAGUUGACCGUUGAGGAGAGAAAUCUACUCUCGGUUGCGUACAAAAAUGUCAUUGGAGCGAGGAGAGCGUCAUGGCGAAUAAUAUCCAGUAUCGAGCAGAAAGAGGAGAAUAAGAGUGCUGAGAAUAAACUCGAGAUGAUACGCCAGUACAGAUCUCAAGUUGAGAAGGAACUCAGGGACAUUUGUGCCGACAUACUUGAUGUACUUGACAAGCAUCUGAUUCCCUGUGCAUCCACGGGUGAAUCCAAAGUCUUCUACUACAAAAUGAAGGGUGAUUAUCACCGUUAUCUAGCCGAGUUUGCAAUUGGCACAGACAGGAAAGAAGCAGCUGAGAAAUCUUUAAUAGCAUACAAAGAAGCCAGCGAAAUUGCAAUGACAGAAUUACCACCAACUCAUCCAAUUCGUCUAGGAUUAGCUCUUAACUUUUCUGUAUUUUAUUACGAGAUACUCAAUAGUCCAGACCGAGCGUGUCGUCUGGCGAAGGCAGCAUUUGACGAUGCUAUUGCCGAACUCGAUACAUUGUCUGAGGAGAGUUAUAAAGAUUCAACCCUAAUCAUGCAAUUACUCAGGGACAACCUCACUCUAUGGACAUCCGAUAUGCAGGGUGAUGGUGAAGGUGAACAAAAAGAACCAACGCAGGAUGUGGAAGAUCAGGAUGUAUCGUAACUCUAGUUUCAGUGAGUGUUAAUUGCGCAUACAAUUGAGACACAAGAAGAAAAGAAGAAGAAAACAACAACAAACAAAAAAAAACUCUUAAUAACUUUUAAGCAAGAAAUAAAUAAAGUAAAUAAAGAAUGAAAACCAUGAAAAAAAAGGCAAAAAAAAAAAAAAAAAAAUGAGGGUGGGAGGUCGGGGAAAUUGAGAUAAUCGAGGGGGAGAACGAGAGGGGGGACAGAACAAUGGUAGAGACGAUUGAUAAAUAGAAUAAUGGAUUAAUGAGGGGAGAGGUAUCUUUCACGAUUGCGUGCAAGUAUGCGAUAAAAAAUCUCGUUUGUAAAAUGAGUCACAUUAAGGCAAAAGGGUAAGUCAAUCUUUUUUUGGGCAAUUGUUCGAUGGUAAAAUUACUGUGAAUGUUGAUAAGAAAAAUACUGGUGAUUUAAAAAAUUAAUUUUUCCCUUAACAUUGGCAGAUUAUCUAUGAUAAUUCGAGCGUUAUUCAAGUGCCCUCCCUUCAAUUCUUAUACAUUCAUCGGUUUCAUCCCCUCCUCUCACUCACGCAUGAUAACACACAAUCAAAUUUAUUUGGAGUUUGUCACAACUGAGAGACGCAGUUGAUUUCUAAUGAGUGAAAUUCGUGGUUGAAUGAUAAAACGUAAUGAGUGAAUUUGACAUUUUAUUGUUAAUUGCGAUUACCUCGGCAAUGGGGGAAUUCAGAGGAGAUAUUCUUGAGGGGAUUUAUUCUCCACAGAAAGCCUGUGACAUUUUCUCCUCGAGUCACUCAUUCUCACGAUGAAUCAACUUUGAAAAUAAAAAGUAGACAAUGGACUUGUUCUUUUUUAUCAGUUACGUUUUACCAAUUAACUCCUGAAACUGAUUGAGACAAUUGAAAACCAAAAUUCGUAGUUGAAACGUCGAGGAAAGCAGAGGCACAAAAACAUUAACGAGAAUUUAAUUGAGUGAAGCAAAAAUUGAGGAAAAAAAUUCAAGUACGAAAGUAGUUUAAGGAUCUCGAUGAAAAAAAAAACCCAUUGCAAUAAAUAAACAAUCUCGUCGGUAUUCGUUAGCUUAGCACCUGUAAUCAAUGAGAAAAAACAUGAGAAUUAAUAAAAACGUAAGAUUAAAUAGAGCUUGCUACGGGGCAAUCUCUCCGUUUAACCGCGUCUGCCUGAUUACGGAGAAAUUAAAAUGAAUGAAUUUGUGAAUAAUUCAUUGGAAAGGGUUUAUUUAAUUACUUAGAGUCAAGACCUCAACAAAAGACAAGAAAGAAAACAGUUUUAAAUAAAUGAAAGAGAAAAUUAAA